CUUUGACUUUUCAAUUUCAAAAAAUCAUUGAGUCAAGAGAGUCAAGAUCAUUCUUUAAAAUUGGUAUGUUUAAAUCAUUGUAUAGGAAAACUCGGCAGUUAGCAUAUAUCUCCAAAUUAGGUACAUCAGAAAUAAUUAGAAAAAUGACUACUGUGAAUCUUAUUGAACAAUCAAUAAAGGCUAAGCUAAAGACUCAUCUGGAAACUAACCAUAUAGAGGUAAUAAAUGAGUCUUAUAUGCACAAUGUUCCAAAAGGUUCUGAAACACACUUCAAAGUUGUUGUUGUUUCUGAAAAGUUCAACAACAAACCCUUAAUACAAAGACAUAGAAUGGUAAAUGAAGUCCUAAAGGCAGAACUCCAGAAUGGUGUCCAUGCACUAUCUAUUGAGGCAAAAACCCCUGCUCAAUGGCAAGAAAGUGAUCAAAUGAUUGAACCAAGCCCAAAUUGUAGAGGUGGGUUUGGUAGGUAAAAUAAUCUAAAUAACUCUCUAUCAAAUUGUACAAAUUAUAGAGGUACCUUGAACAUGACAUGAUAUACUUGUCAUUUCUAGGUACAUUACAUGUAUCUUUGAUAAUUUUAGCACUACAUCAGAUUAUUACCUGAUCUUCUAUUAAUCAAUUGAAAAAAGUAGGAAACAAAAAAAUGUUGAUAGGCUUAUGUGGAUCAACAUUUAUUAAAAAAUUGUUAUAACAAACUUUCAUCAUUCUGUUUAUGUCUGCAAAAUUCAAAUGUUGCAAAUACUAGUAAAAGUCUUUCUUCUAUGGCUGUCAGAUGUUCCUGUGUGGUUAGAGUCUGAAUAUCUGGCAUCAAUUCCAAAUUCUGUUUAAUCUUUCCUCCAGUUAAUUCCAGUAAACUUUUCCAUGUGUAUUUUCUCAACCUACAGAACACAGAUAACUUCAGAUUCUAGAUUACAUAAUGUGAAUAUAUUUUUUCUUUCCUUAUUUCUGGUGUGUUCAUUACACUUCCUGCAUCUUGCUGCUCAUAACAGCAGCUAAAUUUAAUUUAAUCAGUGUCAAAUAUUUGGGAAUUAUGUUCUCAAAAUGUUAUAGCAUAUUUUUAGA